UUUAUGACCUGGUUUCUGACCUCAGAUAUUGGCUACUUUCUAAGACUCUGCUUAACUUUGGUGCCAGUGUGUCCCUUGAUCUGACUUUCCUCUUAAAUUGUUGCUAUCUUGAAUGGGGUUUUGCGGAUAAUCCCUUUCUUGCUUUGAACUCUAGUAAAUUAAACUCCCCAUGGCUAAAUGAUGACAUAUCCCUAACCUGGAGCUUUUACCAAGCAGCAGUUCUUUUUGGAUCUCUCCUAUCGAGGACUCUCUUUUUCCCCAGGGCAAUCAUUAUGAUGAAUUCACAGGAUCACAGGAGAGGUCCUUUUAAGUCCAUUUAGGUGGAGAUGGCUGCGGCUGUGGCAGGGCUGCUGCGAGGGGGUCUCCUGCCCCAGGCGGGCCGGCUGCCUGCCCUCCAGACUGUCUGCUAUGGCUCCAAGGCUUUUACCCACCACCGUUGUGUGAUGCACUUUCAGUGGCAGAAGCUGAUGGCUGUGACUGAAUAUAGCCCCCCCGACACCAGCUGUCAACCCAACAUGUCUGCCAUCUCCUCCCGGCCCCCCACAGGAGGCAUCACUGGAAGCCCUAGAACUUACCCACAGGGAGCAAGGUUGCCAGGAGAAGUGACAGCUGAUGUACCCUUGGUUAUUGCUUUCCAAUUUCAGGAGACAGGCCUCAUCAGCCUUCUCCGCUGGGAGAUAGCAGCGGUUUUCCAGGACAACCGAAUGAUAGCUGUCUGCCAGAACGUGGCUCUGAGCGCAGAAGACAAGCUUCUUAUGCGACACCAGCUGCGGAGACACAAGAUCCUGAUGAAGGUCUUCCACAACCAGGUCCUGAAGCUCUUCCUGGAGGAUUCCAAGUACCAAAAUCUGCUGCCCCUUUUUGUGGAGUACAACAUGCUGCUGGUCAGUGAAGAGCCCAAGGUCAAGGAGAUGGUAAGGAUCUUAAGGACUGUGCCAUUCCUGCUGCUGCUAGGUGGCUACAUCAAUGACACAGAUGCCAUCCUCAGCAGGCAGGGCUUUAUCAACUACUCCAGCCUUCCCAGCCUGCCCCUGGCACAGGGGGAGCUUGUGGGAGGCCUCACUCCACUCAUGGCCCAGACCCACUCCCUGCUCCAGCACCAGCCCCUGCAGUUGACCACCCUAUUGGACCAGUACAUCAGACAGCAAGGCGAGAAGGAUUCUGUCGUGUCAGCCAGUGGGAAGCCAGAUCCUCCUGACCCUGUUCCGGACUCGUACCCAGCCUGUUUAGCCAGCCCUGCCCAUAAAUGUACUCUGUCCUAUUGGCUGUGCUGUCCUCCAUGGAAGAUGUGGAAGAACUUGGGGUGGGGGAGUGCGUUUGUCACUGGGCUUUCACUAACAAUGAUAUUGUCAGGUAUAGGGCCACUCGGAGAUGCAGACGAUUCCAUUUCAAAUGGAAGCUGUCAGUCACUGGCUUGGUCCUUAGGUUUCCUAACUUGGGACCCAAUAGGAGCAAAGGUCCAAGGCAGAGAGGCUGAAAAGAUAAGGCUGCUACUCCCUGCCUCCUUGGUCACUGCCCCUUGCUGCACGGGCUCCUGAGCCCACCCCCUUGGGGCACAACCUGCCACUGCCACAGUAGCUCAACCAAGCAGUCGUGCUAAGAAUAGUACCUGGUGAGAGCCUGCUGUGUGUCAGGCUUUGUGCUGAGCGCUGCAUAUGCAUGCGUUCUUUUAUUCCUGACCACAUUGUACCCACAUCACAGAGAAGGAGCUGAGAAAUUAAGUAGCUUGCACAAGGUCAUGCAGUUAGUAAGUGGCAGAACAGGGACUUGAACCAGGCCCACUCUGCUCUGAAGACUGCAUCCUGAAUUUCUACACUAUAGUUUCCUCAUCAGGUUACCCAGAAGUGGGUCCCAUCCACCAUCCAGGUGUGCUUGGAUGUUAGUUCUCCGCCCUUGGGGUGUGCCAUGCUAUGGAAAGUUUGGGAGCACUGCUUUAUGAUGAAAGGAAAUGCAUUCUACUUCCUCUGU